UUAAAAUAAAUUCAACAUGCCCAAGCACAGCCGAAAACGGCGUAGAAGUCGAAGCCGUAGCAGAUCACGAGACAGGUGGCUCGAGAAGAAAUUAUCUAAUAUGCAAAAGCAACUUGAUAAAAUGCAGAAGGAUGCACAAAAUUCGGUUAAUAACGAUAGUGAUAAUAAUAAUAAUAGCGUAGGGCCUUUUACACAAGUGAGUGAAGGUGAAGAAGUGCCCUUGGUUCGACUUGACAGUGACUCAGAGCAGAACCAAAUAGAACAAGAAAACAUAGCUUCUGAUUCUAAGGAAGCUGAUUCUCCGGAUAAUAAAUUAGGAGAAGACCUUUUAGAGAUCCUUGGGUCAGAGCCUAUACAGACCUCUUGCUUUGGACCCCCGGUUAACAGAGCGAUAGAGACGCGGUGGGCAGAACUAAUAAAAAAGGGGUUAAAUGAUGAUACUAAAAAAGAAGUACUAAAUAAGUAUCAUUUACCAGAAAACUUAAUACUUUUGAAGGCCCCUGAGCUUAAUCCGGAGAUCAAAGCCGCUAUUUCCUCACAGAUAUUAAAAAGGGACGAUCGCUUAGCUUUGAAGCAGCAACAAUUAGGAACGUCUAUAUCUGUUAUUGCCGAGGCCCUCUCUCUUAGUUUGGCAGAAGAGGAGGGGGCAACUAUCAGUGUAUCAAACUACUAAGCGAUGCUGGACGGCUUCUUUGUGACAUAUAUCAUUCAGAGACGCUAACUCGAAAAGAUCUCGUUUCCAUAAAUCUAAAUAAGGACAUAAGAGAAACGCUAUCUGAUGGAACCACAGGCCAGUACUUAUUUGGAGAAUCACUGGAAGAACGACUGAAGACAGCAAAGUCCCUUGAGAAAUCAAUCCAGGAACUUAGACCUGUAAAGCCCAAAGUAACAAAAAAGACUGUUCAACAUUUAAACUCGAAAGGUCCAUCUCGCCAAACAAGGGGAGCCCGGGGUGGAUACCAGUACAAAAGGACUCCCUACCAGCGGUCCAGCAAUUUUCAACGUCCCAAUCAACGGAACCCACAAAUAGGUCGACAGAAUUUGCAACAGGGCCCUCCUCGCAGCACAUCCAGGUUCAAAGGAGAAAGGCAGAGGCUAUAAGUAACCAGACAAACGCCUCACCCCCUCUGGCAGAAGAUUACCCUGGCGGUAGGAAUAUUAUCUUACAAGCGCUAAAGCAGAAGGACGUUCCGGAGGAAUCAUUGGAUAUUUGUUUGUCUUCUAUUACAGCAUCAACAAUCAAGCAAUACAAUGGGGGUCUUAAGCAGUGGUGGCUUUAUAGAAAAAAUAAUAAUUUAAAAUGAUUCUCUACAUCAGUUCCAGAAGUCCUAGAGUUUUUUACACUUCAUUUUAAAAAAGGAGCUUCCUUUGUUGUACUAAGUUCCUACAGGGCAGCACUAACACAAAUUUUGUCUUCAGAAUUAUUAUCUGAUAUCAGAAUAAAAAGAUUCUUUAAAGGAAUCCACAGCUUAAGACCAACCCCUCCCAAAUAUAGUCACACAUGGGAUCCGGCUAUAGUUUUGUCAUAUAUACGUAAAAUGUCAAACUCUCCAUUGUCACUGGAAAAUUUAACAUAUAAAUUAGCCAUACUCGUGGCACUUGCCACAGGACAACGUAUUCAGACUUUGGUAAAUAUAGAAGUUGAGAAUAUUAUCCAACAUCAAGAAAGAAUUGAAAUUAAAAUUCCAAAUAGAAUUAAAACCACAAGUAAGGUUAGAAUCCAACCCACUCUAAUUCUUCCAUUUUUUGAUUUGGAUGAAAAAAUUUGCCCUGCAAAAACUCUAUUAAGUUAUUUGGAUAUGACAAAGGAAUUCAGGGGAACUACAAAGAAUUUGUUUAUCACAGUCAAAAGACCAUAUCAUAGUGCUACCGCGCAAACAAUCGGAAGAUGGUUAAAACAUAUUCUAAAAUUGAGUGGAUUGGAUACAGAGAUAACCAGGAGAUGUAACUAUUAACAAAUAUCGUGCGGCCGUGAAUAAGACAUAUUCUAAGGGACACAGUAGGGUAUAAUCACAAUAUAUUGUGGGUAUAAUAUCCGCUGUUGUCAUUGUUAGUAAAGUGUAUGUAU